AUGGUCCACCCCACUAUUACCUGCUGCAAGAUCACCAAAGACGGCUCCUGCGUCUGCGCCGCCCAGGCCAAGUGCUCCUGUGGCCAGCAGAGCGCCCUCCACUGCAGCUGCAAUAGAGCUUCUUCCGAGAACGUUGUUUCUGGUCCCCGCUGCUCAUGCCGCUCUCGUCCAGCUGGCCAAUGCACCUGUGAGCGCUCCGUCACCGAGAACCAGACUAUCACUGGUGAGACUUGUGCCUGUGGCAGCCGUCCUCAGGCUUCUUGCACUUGCGAGAAGGCCGCUGCCUUUGACUCUGCCCUUGAAGUUGACUUCACCGGUACUGCCUAA